AUGUUUCGACGACUGAAGCAAAAUGUUAUGGUUAAGUUGGAUAUGGCAAAACAAACAGAAUUCCCAAAUGAUGUUACUCGUUCCAUUACUUUUUGCGAACGAAGCAAAUCAGAUGUUGCAGCAAUUGUGAAAGCUGUUGAAUCGAUGAUUUCAAAUUUCAAAGCAACUGGUAUGACACCUGCUGAUUCAAUAGCAAAUAUAUGCAAUGGUUUAGCUGCUAAAACCAAAAAUAAAAAGUUUAAUAAAGUAAUGAAAAAUGUCGAAGAAGCAUUGGAGGAAAUUGCAAAAACAGAACGUUUAACAGCUAAACGAGUGGAAUUAAAAUUUAUUGAAUCUUGGUCAAAAACAUGGCUUCAUGGAAAUCUGAAAAUUUAUCUCGAUGAUAUCAAUCAGUUGAAAAAGCGACGUCUUGAUAAGGAUGGCUUAGCUCAAUCAGCUAACAAACAUCCAGAUGAUCAAACCAAACAACAAAAAAGUAAAGAAGCUGACACACUAUACGAGGAACAAUUAAUGAAAGUUCGACAAAAUAUUCAAGAAUUCACAUCGCACUAUUCGAGAACUGCAGAAGCGAUACAAGAAUUAAUGAAUAUAAUGGCAGAACAUUUUGAAAAAUGUGGAAAUAUUGUAGCUGAUCAUUUGAAAAAUGCCAGUAAUGCAUGA